AUGAAGCAAUUGGUGGAUAAUGGACUGACAGUAAGAGAUACAUGGGCAAAUCAAAUCGAGUUUAUCCUAGCAUCGGUGGGCUAUGCCGUUGGACUUGGAAACGUCUGGAGAUUUCCAUAUGUAUGCUUUAGGGGUGGUGGAGGAGCCUUUCUCAUUCCAUACAUCCCUGUGAUGUGUCUCUGUGUUGUUCCAUUGGUGUUCAUGGAAUUCACUCUGGGCCAAUAUACAAGAACAGGCCCUGUGCAAGCUUUACACAAAGCCUGUCCUUUGAUGAAAGGAGUAGGUGUGGCAUCCGUGGUGUUGUCCUUCAUCAUAUGCACUUAUAACAACACAGUCCUGACCUGGGCCUUGUACUACCUUUUCAACUCAUUUCGAGCUACUCUGCCUUGGCAGCUCUGCAACAACACGUGGAACGUUCUGGACAACUGCUCUAGUUCCCUUGGGAACUCCACACACCAACAGUCAGCCACACAGCAGUUCUUUGACCAUAGGCUUCUGGAGAUCACUGAGGGAAUAGAGAGUGUGGGCAGCUUGAGAUGGGAACUGUUUGGUGUCCUUUUGUUGGUGUGGCUCAUCAUCUAUCUCUGCAUCUUCAAAGGAGUCAAAUCCACCGGCAAGGUAGUAUACUUCACAACAUUGUUUCCAUACAUCGUCCUCUUAGCCCUGCUGAUCAACAACGUCCGACUGCCAGGAGCUGUGGAUGGCAUCGUCUUCUAUCUGACCCCUAAGUGGCACAAACUGGUUGACGUCCAAGUCUGGAUUGAUGCCACUGCUCAGGUCUUCUACUCUAUUGGGGUGGGUCUGGGUGUCAUGGUUUCCUUGGCCAGCCAUAACAAAUUCAACAACAACAUGCUCAGGGACGCAAUUGUUGUCUCCUUGGCAAAUUCGGUAACCAGUAUUUUUGCAGGUUUCGUCAUGUUUUCUGGCAUCGGAUACAUUUCUCACGUACAUCAACUUGACGUGGAAAAACUGGCUGUUGGAGGGCCUGGCUUGGUGUUUGUGGUUUACCCUGAGAUCUUCUCCACGAUGCCUGUGGCCCAAAUGUGGGCGUUCUUGUUCUUCCUCAUGCUGAUGAGCUUGGGCCUGGAUAGUCAGUUUGGACACAUGGAGCUUUUGGUGACUUGCACGAUGGAUACCUUUGGGCCUAAGAUUCUGUCUGUGCUAAGGAAAAGGGAAUUGGUAGCUUUAUCCCUCUGCAUCUUUACAUGUCUCCUUGGUCUACCCUACAUUAUGCAGGGUGGUGUCUACAUCUUCCAGCUGAUUGACUAUGCUGUCGGAAUAUCACUCCUAUUAAUCUCUUUAUGUGAGGUUAUAGCCAUCUGUUGGAUAUUCGGUGUGCCACGGCUUAUUGUUAUGGUAAAGAAGAUUCUGGGUAAGCCCCCAAAUAUCUUUUUUAAGGCCUGCUGGUUGGUGGCUUCGCCUCUGUUGAUUAUGGUUAUCUUGGUUACGAGCAUGGUUCAGCACGCCCCUCUUCAUUAUGGGAAGUCUUACCGCUUCCCAGGAUGGGCAGAGGGCAUCACGUGGAUCGUCACCUUCCUGUCCGUGAUGUGGAUCCCUGUAGGGGCGGUGCAUGAGCUGCUCUCUAGGAAAGGAACAUUUAUGGGCAGAUUGAGGGCGUCCGUUAUUCCCAAACUGAAUCUGGAGGAGAAGUCUUCUUUGUUUGUUGGUGAAGAAACAUGCCAGGGCAUAGGAUCAUCUGAAUCCUGUCCAUCUGAGAUCAACCCACUAAAUGACAAAAGCCUGACCAUGACAUGA